UAUCUAUUAUAUAAAAAUAAGUCCGGUUUUCCUCCCUGACGCUAUAACUCCAGAACGCACGAACCGAUUUCCACGGUUUUGCAUUCGUUGGAAAGGUCUUGGGCUCCGUGAGGUUUAUAGCAAAGAAAAUUCUGGAAAAUUCAGGAAAAAUUCAACAGAAAAGUGGGGAAAUCGUUUUUCACAUACAGCGCCAUCUAUUAUACAUAGCAUGUACUUCAAACCAAUAGCAACGGUGCGUGAUAAAGUGUGUGACAGAUAUCAUUAUUCUCUGUUCAGUUAAUUUCAUUUAUUGUAAAUUAUAUGGAUCGUGCAUUUGAAGUUAAAUUCAACACUAUGUCCAUAGUCCAAAAUGCCUAGAGAACGACGUGCGAACAUCGGCCGCCGCACAAGACAUGCAAGCCAGCAACAAGUCUAUUCAAGGAACUUAAGAGAAGAAAGACAAAAUAUAAUAAGAGAAAAUGACCGAUUGAGACAUCGCGUGAGCACACGAAGAUCAUUGGCAUCAUACAAUCGCUUGGCAUUCCAAUAUGAUCCCACUGCGAACUACAGUGAUGAUGAAAAUUUGGAUAUUGGACGAAUGACGACUAUAUGCCGAUAUUGCAAUGCGGUAAAGUUCAAAAGAGAAACGGUUGGAUUGUGCUGCGCAAGUGGAAAAGUCAAACUGGAUCCAUUACUUACACCACCACAGCCACUGAAAACAUUGUUUGAUGGAAGUGAUCCCGAUUCCAGCCAUUUUCUUCAACACAUCCUUGAAUACAAUAACUGCUUUCGCAUGACUUCCUUUGGAGCUAAUAUCAUUCGAGAAGGCGGCUUCAUGCCGACUUGCAAGAUACAAGGUCAAAUAUAUCAUUUGCAUGGUUCAAUGGUGCCAACACCAGAUGAACCGCAUCAAUUUCUGCAAAUAUAUUUCAUUUCGUCGAUGGUGGAUCAGCUGAACGUGCGGUGCAAUAUACAGGGAGCACAACAGUUAAAGAGACGAAUUAUUGAACAGUUGCAAGCAUUUUUUCACGCUAAUAAUGCUGUGGUUAAUAUGUUCAAAACAGCAUUGGAACGAAUGCCAUCGGAUACGCACAAAUUUGUCAUAAGAGCGGAUUGUACUCCGACAGGUGAACAUGUGCGAAGAUUCAAUGCACCCACCGUUAAUGAUGUUGCUGCAAUUAUUGUUGGCGAUCCAACUAAAUCACGAGACAUUGUCGUUCAGCGAAGAAGCAAUAUCAUGCAUCGUGUAAACGAGACACAUCGUUUGUACGAUGCGUUACAAUAUCCAAUCAUUUAUUGGCAAGGGCAAGACGGAUACGACAUCACGUUGAAGAUGGUCGAUCCAAUUACAGGAGUAUCAACGAAUAAUAAAAAUCUAAGCGCAAUGAAUUACUAUGCGUAUCGUAUGAUGAUUCGUACACAUGAGGAGAAUGUCAUUCUGAAGUGCGGUCGGCUAUUCCAGCAAUUCGCUGUUGACAUGUAUGUCAAAGUCGAGACCGAACGUUUAGCGUUCAUCAGAUUCAAUCAGCCAAAGCUACGAUCUGAGGACUAUAUACACUUGCGUGAUGCUAUUCAUUCAGAUGGUGAUGUUCAGAAUAUUGGACGACUGACGAUUCUCCCAUCAACUUAUAUCGGAAGCCCACGCCACAUGCACGAAUACGCUCAAGACGCUAUGACGUACGUGCGAAAUUAUGGAACUCCGGAUUUAUUUAUUACGGUCACAUGCAAUCCGAAGUGGACGGAAAUUGAACGCGAGUUGGAACCGGGUCAAAAACCGCAAGAUCGCCAUGACAUAAUCGCCAGAGUAUUUCAGCAAAAACUCAAGGUUAUGAUGGAUGUGCUUACUAAGUAUCGAGUUUUUGGUGACACACGUUGUUAUAUGUACUCGGUGGAAUGGCAGAAGCGUGGACUACCGCAUGCUCAUAUCCUAAUUUGGUUGCUGAACAAAUUACAUUCAAAUGAAGUGGAUGACAUCAUAUCAGCUGAAAUUCCUGAUCCAGUCACUGAUCCCCGUCUACACGACAUUGUGAUGACACAGAUGGUGCAUGGACCGUGCGGUACAUUAAAUCCAUUAUCGCCUUGCAUGGCUGAUGGAAAGUGCACAAAACGAUAUCCGCGACCGUUAGUUGCUGAAACAGUCACAGGGAACGAUGGAUAUCCAGUUUAUCGUCGGCGUUCAAAAGAAGAUAACGGUCGAACUAUCAAAGUUAAAGUUCAAAAUCAAGAGAUUGAGAUCGGAAAUGAAUUCAUUGUACCAUAUUGCCCGCUGCUAUCACGAAUUUUCGAAACACAUGCAAACGUUGAGAGUUGUCAUUCGGCCAAAUCAAUCAAAUAUUUGUGCAAGUACGUCACAAAAGGCAGCGACAUGGCUGUGUUUGGUAUUGCGUCGGAAAAUGUGAAUGACGAAAUCAGCAACUUCCAAAUGGGCAGAUACGUCAGUACUAAUGAAGCACUGUGGCGAUUAUUGUCAUUUCAAAUUCAUGAAAGAUAUCCCACAGUUGUACAUUUAGCAGUGCAUUUGGAAAAUGGCCAAAGAGUUUACUUCACUGAGGCUAAUGCGGCACAACGAGCUGAGAGACCACCAUCGACAACAUUGACUAGCUUCUUUGCAAUGUGUGAAGCAGAUCCAUUCGCAGCGACGCUGAUGUACGUUGAAAUGCCCAAGUAUUACACUUGGAAUCAAUCAACAAAGAAAUUCCAACGUCGCAAACAAGGAACCCCAGUUCCAGACUGGCCACAGGUGUUUUCAACUGAUGCACUAGGUCGUAUGUACACUGUUCAUCCUAGAAACGAUGAAUGUUUUUAUUUGCGACUGCUGUUAGUAAAUGUACGUGGACCGAAAUCAUUUGCGCAUUUGAAAACUGUGAAUGGCCACCAAUGCCAAACAUAUCGAGAAGCAUGUCAACUAUUGGGUUUGCUGGAGAACGAUUCUCAUUGGGAUUUAACACUUGCAGAUUCAGUUGUUUCAUCAAAUGCGUACCAAAUACGAACGCUGUUCGCAAUUAUCAUCACCACAUGUUUUCCUUCACAACCAAUUCAGUUAUGGAACAAAUACAAAGACGCCAUAUGUGAAGAUAUCUUGCAUCGCUUGCGUAUUCAAACGAAUAAUCCUGACAUCCAAAUAACCGAUGAAAUCUACAAUGAAGGAUUGAUUCUGAUUGAGGAUCAAUGCUUGACUAUUGCAAACAAGCUACUGAUUGAAGUAGGAAUGAUUGCGCCAAAUCGAUCGAUGCACGAUGCAUUCAACCAAGAAUUAAAUCGAGAGCUGCAAUACAAUGUUGAUACAUUGCAGGAAUUCGUUAGAAAUAAUGUUCCGUUGCUGAAUGAACAGCAAAAACAAGUAUACAAAACAUUAAUGCAAGCGGUGGACAAUAAUACUGGUGGUCUAUUCUUCCUGGAUGCACCUGGAGGAACAGGGAAAACAUUUGUCAUUUCAUUGAUUUUGGCCACUAUUCGAUCAAGAUGUGACAUAGCUUUGGCGUUAGCAUCAUCUGGAAUUGCGGCGACUCUUCUAGAUGGCGGUCGUACUGCACAUUCUGCGCAAAUAUACCAAAUAUGCCUUACAAUACCAUAA